UGUAGUUUCUAUCCUAAGGAUUUGAAAGUGAGUGUUUACAAUUUUUUGUUGAAAUUUUUGUUUUUCGGCGUUGUUUGCUUAGUAUAGCAAUGGGUUUAGCGAUAUCCCGGCUAGUGAGAAUGAUGUUUGCCAAGAAAGAGAUGAGGAUCUUGAUGGUUGGUCUUGAUGCCGCUGGCAAAACUACCAUCUUAUACAAGUUAAAACUUGGAGAGAUCGUUACCACCAUCCCCACCAUAGGAUUUAACGUGGAGACUGUGGAAUACAAAAACGUGAGCUUCACGGUAUGGGAUGUGGGUGGACAAGAUAAGAUCCGGCCUCUGUGGAGGCACUACUUUCAGAACACGCAGGGCCUAAUAUUUGUGGUGGAUAGUAAUGACAGGGAUAGAAUUGGAGAAGCCAGAGAUGAGCUCCAUCGCAUGCUUAACGAGGAAGAACUGCGUGAUGCAACCGUUCUUAUUUUCGCGAAUAAGCAAGAUCUUCCAAAUGCCAUGCUCGUCGCAGAAAUCACCGAUAAACUUGGCCUCCACUCCCUCCGACUACGCCGAUGGUAUAUACAGAGUACUUGUGCAACCUCAGGGCAAGGGCUUUAUGAAGGUCUUGAUUGGUUAUCCAAUAAUAUCUCAACCAAGGGGUAGAGAUGGAUGGUCAACAACUGUUCUAUUCGACCUAAUGCAAGCCCCACCUUCCUAUCAUGGCUCUAUCAAAGUUAUGCUCACUACAAGGAUUGUUUAUUUGUUUAUCACAAAAAAAAAAAGUGUGUUUUCAUUGGUGCAAAAGAACACGGGUGUCAAUCUUUAACUGUAAAGUUUUAAUUAGGUUGUUUGCAAUAUUUGCUGUUUGUAAAAGUUUAAGUUGCGAUGGAAAAACUCUUUUUUGAUUGAAUUACAAGUUAUCAAUAAUAUUUUUGAGACAAACUAUUAUCGAAAA